AUGUCCCCUUUUGGCUGCUGGGGACUGCCCACCGCCCUUCUUGUCCUGUUCUGCUGCCCAGGGUCUGGUGAGGGGUUCGAGGUGCACAUGUAUCCGGAGCAGCUUGUGGUGGAGCCUGGAGGGUCCAAGUUGAUCAACUGUAGCACCAGCUGUGCCCAGCCACAGACCGGUGGCCUGGAGACCGCCCUAACCAAGACCCUGCUGGAGUCGGGAGCUCAGUGGAAGCAGUACUUGAUCUCCAACAUCUCCUGGGACACAGUCAUCCACUGCUACUUCACCUGCUUCGGGAAUCAGAAGUUAAAGAGUCUCAACAUCAGCGUGUUCUACCCUCCAAAGCAAGUGCUGCUGAAGCUGCAGCCCGCGUGGGUGGCUGUGGGGAGAUCCUUCAUCAUCGAGUGCCACGUGCCGGCUGUGAAACCCCUCGAGAGCCUCACUCUCACCCUGCUGCAUGGCCAGGAGGCCCUGUGCAACAAGACCUUCGCAAGGGGGGACGACAGCAUCCGAGGGGCCACGGCCACGCACAACAGCACGGCUCACAGGCAAGACGGCCGCCACAACUUCUCGUGCCACGCCCACCUGGAUCUGCGGUCGCUCGGCGGGGGAAUCGUUCACCGCGCCUCUGAGCCCCAGAUGCUCAAGGUCUACGAGCCCAGGCCAGACAACCAGAUGGUCGUCAUCAUCUCCGUCGUGUCGGUGCUGCUGCUCUUGUUCGUGACGUCUGUCGUCCUGUGCUUCGUCUUGGGCCAGCACUGGCGCCAGAGGCGGAUGGGCGCCUACGGGGUUCAGGAUGCUUAA